AAGUUAUUCUUCGUCAUGCACUCCCUGAGCAGAGGUUGGAAUUGAAAGAAUAUGUGUGAUGAGCGCACUGUUCGUACGUGCAAGCUUUGCCGACCUCGGUUGUAGAGUCUCAUUCGCAGCUCUAACUCCAGCUCCAACUCAUGUAUUAACCAAAUAAAAUAUUUAUUUGUGUUUGUACCUUCGUGGUCAACAAAUGUGAACAUUAUUCGGUCGGUUCUGGUUGACGUUAUUGUAAAUAGGAGGAUGAAAUGAUAGUUAUUUGCAGUGAAAACUUUGGUGUUGAGUACGGGAAAACUAAAAUCGCUUUCAAUUAAAAACAAUAGAACCCAAAUUUAUAAUUAUAAAACUUAUUUAUAUAUGUGAACAUUAAUCGGUCGGUUCUGGUUGACGUUAUUGUAAAUAGGAGGAUGAAAUGAUAGUUAUUUGCAGUGAAAACUUUGGGAAACGCGAAAACUAAAAUCGCUUUCAAUUAAAACCAAUAGAACCCAAAUUUAUAAUUAUAAAACUUAUUUAUAUAUUUUUAUAAUAGAAAAAAAUUCGACCACCAUAAAUUGGAAAGUGAGUAGACUGCAAAACGGUGCACAGGCUCGAACUACGAUUUCCGCGCGAAAAUGUUAAUUGCUGAAGCGGAGGCAUCAAAAUUUUGUACCUCCAGCUAUAGUGACAAAAGUGGUUAUUUUGUGUGUAAAAAAAUAAGAAAAACGAAAAAAUUGUUGACGAACUCAACACAAAUAAUUUACGCAGCUGCAUACACAUACUCCUUGAUAUACUCGUACAUACAUACAUCAUUGUUAACGUAUGCGUAUAUAUUUUAUGCUGUGAAGUCCACGUGUUUAAAAAUGGGAUUGUUUACAGUUCGAAAUUGUUACCCCCAGAAAUAUUGAGCGUGGCUCUAUUGCCUCCAUACGCCCUCAGAUGCUGGAUCGUUUGGGCAUGCGAAAUGUUAAUAACAACUUCUGAUAAACGCGAACCGUCACCCGUCACCCGCCACUCGCCACUCGCCACCCGCUUUCCAACCAGCCACUGAAGAAUGUAUAAGUAUAGUUUUCACAAAGCUGUUCGUUAUCGCCGCCAAAGGUAGAAAUGAGAAAUAAUUGCGCGCAACGCGAUAAAGCCGAGUAAAUAACAAAUAAGGAAAAAUUUCGUAAUUAGCGAACGAAGGCGCACAAAGAGAAGAGGAUUAUAAAUAUAGACUCACAUGUACAUACAUAAGAAUUUGUGCGAUUGUAUGAUACAACUUUGUAAAGAAAUUCAAGUAAGACGAUACACAGGUCGAAAAAGCGACAACGAAGCGGCAAGCACUCCGCCGCCACUUGCACAGACAAAAAGUAUAUCGCCCCUGCGACGCAACCAAUUAGCGGGUGCUUGUAAUUUUUUGGUGUAGCGAAGUGAAGUGAAAAAGUGAAGAUUUCAAUUCAUUUUAAUUUAAUUAUUUCUUGUAAUUUAUGAAAGUGAAAUGAUUUUCAUGCGAGUCAAUCAGACGGAAAACUAAUUAUAUGUAGAGAGGCAGAGCGAGUGUGCAAAAGCUCUAAAAGUUUUAAUACAUAUAUAUUCAUAAAGGCAAACAUAUGUGCAUAUGUAUGUUUGUAAACUUAGUAUUAAGAAGGUGCAAAUAAGAAAAUGUCCACUUCAGCGGGGCUAUUAGCGAAUGUUAUCCCCGCAAUCGCUUUAACGCAGGAUACAACCUUAGCGGCACCACAACGGAACAAUUUCAGCAGUAGCGUAACUCCAACCGCCACCAAUUGUGAGUUUAUCAGCACGCAGGUAUCCAGCGCCACCGAACUCAGCUGUCGCAUUAGUCGCAGCAGCUCGCAACAGAAUUUCGAAACGGACAGUGGUAAGAGUUCAUGCAGCCCCGCAAUACUUGACUGCAGCUUUGACAGUGGUAUAGGAGGUGUGGUAGCUAACGUAGCUACUGGUGGUGGUGCCACCGUAGGAGGAGGAUCGGACGAUUGCGCUGUAAUAGACGAACAAAUAGUAGGUGCAACAAAUCUCACCGUGCCGCGUAUCUGUGGUGACGGCGGCGCUUCUGACAGUUUUGGCGUUGUCACAGUCACAGGCCUUGGUAUAGGCACUGGAAUUAGCUGCAACGCAGAAGAACAAAUGCGUUUGAAAUUACGUUACGAACGCCUACAACAAUGGCGCAUUAUUCUGUUGGCAUUAGAUCGUCAGAAAGAUCCCUACCGGCUACUGCGCGAACGUCUCAGCAAAAUCGGCGAAAGACGAAUUUCCAGAAAACGACCAACAAAUGACAGCAUUUGUUAUGUUUGUUCCUGUCAAAUCGAACAAAACGAUUCCAACAGCUUUGCUACGUGUUACUUAUGCAACAAAAGAAUAUGUCGUGGCGCCAAGUGCUCAAAUUGGCUGCCGAAAUCGGGGCGAUGGGAAUGUCAUUUAUGUCACUCUUCAAAUGAUUCUCUAACGCAUACCCAAUCCUGGGUGGCCGAACAAAUGUGCUUCAAUCGUCAAAAAUAUGUUUAUCCCAUGCGAGCACGAAGUGAAAUUUAUAUACCGAUUGGAGAUUUCAAUGAAGGUCCCUUACAUUUUGAGAGUGUCAGUCAGGUGGGCUUGAAUUCUGAUGCCAUUACUGCAGAGCAAAAGCUCAAAAUAAGAGAGUAUGUCGAGGAAGUGGUAGCUAAGCUAUUAGGCGGUUCGCUGGACCAAAUACGCGUUAGUCAACUGUCAAAAAGUGAGAAUUAUUUACAUCUCUUUGAGCAAUAUCAUUCAAAAUUGAGCAACAUUUUUAUUAAUUUGGAAAAUGAGUUAAGCAACAAAGCUCUAAAUGGAGACCUUCCUGGCAUCGUAAAUAGCCACGUUGUUCCUCAGUCUACGCUAAAUUUAAAUAAUGACCAAAGCAAUAACAACUCAAAUGUUCAUAUGCCAUCCGAACUUCCGGAACUUUCUCAAACGCGUCUGCGUCAGAUGAUUGAAUCAAUCAUUGCGGAAACGUUGCGUAUGCCACCAUUAGCGAAUGGAAGUGUGUCGGAAAUCGCGCUCAAUAAGGAUAAUCGUUGUAAUGGUAGCGAGAAUAACUUGCUAUUAGAAAAUGGAAACAUGCGACUUCGUCAUCGGCAUCGCACAGAGCAUUACUUCGAGCCAAAGAUCUAUCAGGAUUUGCUGGCCACAGCCGUGUUAAAUAAGAUCGCUGACAAGGAAGGCAACAUCCGCCAAUUUUCGGAGAGCACACCUGAUCUGAGCUCAUGCAACAUUGACAGGAACUUUAAUGUGGAGAACCGAAGCACCUCCUCCGGAAGUUCAGUAGAGCCGCGAAGUGAUUUCAGCUAUACCGAUACCGAACAAGUACCAAAAGUAAGUUUUAGUCUAACUCAAUUUUUAGUUUUAGAUGCUGGGAGGGAGUCAGCGUUAAGCGAUUACAUAGCUGCUCAUACCGUUCCAUUACCUGAUUUAUCAGCAGCAGUUACUGAAUCUGAAGAGGAAGAUCACGCUUCGAUAUCUUCAAGCAUACUUGCUGAAGGUACUUGGGAAGAUAAUUGGCUCUUUAAGAAGAAGCGAUCUUCUUUAACAGCCUCCAUGACUGGCAGUGUUGGUAUGCUGGUACCUGCACCAAAAGAUGAUGUACGUGCUCAAAUAGGUGAUAAGACCACUGACGAAAUCAGUGAUCUAUCCGAAAUGGGCUCAGAUACAGAUGAUUCUUCAUUAAAAAUAGUACGAACCAAUUUGGAUCCGCUAAACGACCGAAUACUGAAUAAACAUUUGAUUGGUGGUCAGAAUACGAAAGUAGUUUUAGAUGAAUUGAUUGAAACAGCUAGCUUGAUUUCAAAUACAACACAGUCAGUCGAUGAACCCAAGUAUGCUGAAACAAGGAACAAAUACGUUGUAGAAGCAGCUUCUAAAAUUAAAGCAAUUAACCCAAAUGUUACCAAACACUCAGCUCAGGAAGGUGAAACUAUUUUGGAUAAUCCGGAAACAGAAAGAGAACAGAAUUCAUUAUCAGAUCAACUGAGCUCCGACUCAAAUCGCACUGACGAAAGCACGUCAACAACCAUCGAAUCAUUCCUAGCAGACUUUAAUAAUGAACAGGACAUGCCACUCACUAACAUUUCUAAUAACACAUCCGCCGAUACUACUGAACUAACAAACGGCUCAUAUCUAAGUUUAAGUCCGUCAUAUUCCAAAUUUAACAUCAACCAAGAACAGCAUUUUAUUAACAACAACAAUAACCAUCAACAAGAUUUUAACAGGGAAGAUGAUGAUGUUGUCCAUUUGAGAUAUUUCGUGCCAGGCUCUAUAGCAGAGCGUGAGUAUAAGAAAUGGAAUAAUGCGGUGGAAAUGCCUAAUAACCCAUAUGCACCGGAGGCGUUGAAGCGACGUAUCAGCGGUAGCCAAGAGCGUUUCAUGGAUUUGCCAAACAUAAGCCAGAGCACAAAUAAGAACCCAAUAUCCCUCAUUAAAACCACAAAAUCAGAGGCCCUUGCGGAGAACGAAAGUCGCAGCGAUAUUGACUACAAAAGAUAUAGUCGCGACUACUACAUCAACGAUGAUAAAGUGCUUAAAACCAGUCCGAAACACCAAAUUAUCACAACAGACUCUAAUUGUCCCAGCCUGAAUAUCAGUGAUGAACCCACAGCAGAUAUCGCCAUCAAUGAGGUAAAUUGCCACAGCAAAAAUUCAAAUAAGAGUAGCCCGAUUUAUAAUGAUCAUAGCGAUUGUCAUUGGACCCUUUCCACUCCAGUGCGUCGUAGCAGUUCCCUAAAAUUCAUUAACCGUCGUUCACCACCACAAUCAUAUUACAAGCUCACCACAAAAACAACUUCCACUACCUCCACUUAUAAUCAAGCACAUCUACCGCCACGAUCAUUCACCUCAGCAUCCCAUUACGACAAUUUGGACCGCAUACACUUUCAGGACUACUGCGACAAUGACAGCUCCAAAUACUCGAAUUGCUAUCGCAACACAAACAGGUAUAGCAAAUAUGAAGAUACCAAUGAGGAUGGCAACUUACACGCGGACAAUUACAGUGACAUCGACGAUUACAAUAACGACAUACGUUCGCAACGUUCGUGGAGAAGCGCCAGCGCUGCUGCUAAUUAUCCAGCUACGCUACCUAAACGGCACACAGUCUCCUCACUUAGUUUUCACAGCAGUGCAAGUGGUGUAUCAUUAAACUCAUCAGGGUCCAAAAAUCGCGCGCUACCAAGUGCUAAUAUUCUAUCACAAUUCGAAAAGCAAUUGCUGCACAAAGACCUAAAACGUAAUAGUUUUCGUGCCGUUUCGGCCACAACCAAAGAUUUUGUAAUGAAUCCACUUUACGAGAGGGACAAUCUUAACGGUGUCGCCGCUAGUAGCGAAAACGUACCCAACGGGAAUAGGACCAGCGACGAGCACAUCGAUUCCGGUGUCGAUAGUUGCUUAAAUGGUUUCAAUGAAACUGAUGUAAAAGCAAAUAAUACAAGUUUACUCUUUAGUUUGAGUGAAAAAAACGAAACACAUGCAAUCGAAAACCCUAUUGAACCUCAUCCCGCGGUAUAUCAAGCGCUUCCCGCGCAAGUGGUGGAAGAGAAUACAUCAAUUGAAACACUCUCAAAUCAGUCCAUGCAGUCGGUAAACACGACCACAAGUGACGACUCCGAUACAGUGCGUAUUUAUAAUUUUAAGGAACAGAAAACCAUCGUCGUACGCAAUGGGGAUAAGGCGUCGACGACCGUUACUACCAAGUUAACACCUGAGACUUCUUCUGAACCAACAUUGCAAGUGACCGUACCCUUAUCCCCAACAUUGGAGGAUGCACCACGAUGCCCGAUUUCUGAACAGGCAGCUGAGUGUGAACCGCGGCAACCCACAGAGUCAACUUUAGAAGCGAAUAUCAACAGCAGCAGCGUCACAGUGAACCGCACUCCAAUCACACCGACACGAGGCUCCACACCAAUGGCGUUCAAGUUUCUACAACCAAAACGAAAAUUAAUUGAUCCGAGCCAAGUACUGUCCUUGGAUGAAGGAGCGGACGCGCUUUCAAUUUUUUCUGCUAAUGAAAAGGCGGUCGUCGAAGAGGAGGUGGCACAAGUCAUGCCAUCCGUGAAAGCUUUGGCACAAGCGUUUAUUCUCAGCUCAAGCAAGUACACAAUUGCGGAAAAACGAUGGAAAAAAGGGGUCCAAAACAUGCCUUCCGUGCCGAGCAAACCCAUUUUCAAGCAAGAGGCUAUGCAGAAAACUGAAGCUAGUACAUCUAUAGCGGAAAUUGCUGAAGAUGCCACGAUUGCAUCGGAUCUAUCGUCUUUGGAAACAGAUCCGCCUACAAACAAGGAUUUGGUAACUGUGAAACCAACAGACGAUCUCUCGCCCAUCACUCCAUCGCCGACAAACUCACCUACUUCAGACCUUGCCGCAAAGGUUGAAGGCAACAAAAGUGCCACAAACGCUCUUCGGCGUAUCAGCAUGCUAAAAAGUAAUAUUGCUUUCUUUGAGAAUUUAAGGUUUAAGUAAAUAUUACGGUGAAAUAAGUAUAAAAAUGCGAUAGAAUCAUUGCGAUUUGUAGUAAAACGCAGGGCUGAUUGAAAACUAUUUCGCGAGCCUAAAUACGUUCGCCAGCUGGUCAUUGCCCCAGGGCUCCUGGCGGAAUACAUACGUGCUUGCUGCAUACUCACAGAUGAAUACAUGGAUCGUACAUAUAUACAUAUAUGAAUGUACUUCUAAGACUCGUGCCAUCGAAUUUCUUGCUAGGGGGCUCCUACCCCAUCUUUAUAUUUGGUCAAUUCCCAUUCAUUCAGUCAUAUUCGCUUUUAUUCUUUGUAGCUCUGUUUACCACAACAGAUCCAGAGUGUCCAAAGUUAAUUUAGGAGUUAUGUUAUUGAAAAGAGGUACUGCAAAGGACGUUAAAGGCGUUUUUAGUUUUAAGUGUUACUUACUUAAUAAAUUAAUGCAUAGUAUUAUGUUUCAUAUGGUACUUCCAUAUACUCACCUCCCUCUCAUUUAUUUAUUUAAAUUAUAAACAUAGCUUGGAUUGCUUCGUUGCUCCGAGUAUUAACGUAGUACUUAUACGAGUACACAUUUAUGCAUAUGUACAUACAUGUGUGUAUGUGCAUCGAAAGUGCUUAUGAAUAAUUUGACUUCAAUAUAGAAUAGUUAAUAUUAUCCAAUUUACUCUAAUAUAAUAAAUAAACGUUUACAAAACAAUUUGUGCUAAGGUA